AUGUCGAUAGUUUUAAGAUCUUAUUUAAAAGUAAAAAAUAAUGUUCUAUCAGUUGGAAGUUCAAAAUCUUCGCCGGUGUUGAUGUAUGUAUCGCCGUUAUUCACGCGGCAUCUCAGCGAGGAUAAAACCAACAGUCCUGAGUUUAUUAAUAGCUCUAUAUUGAUGGAAAAUGGGAUGAAUGUUCAAGAGCUUCCUUUGAUUGUGAGGAAGCUAACGAAUAUAGCGGAAAUUGAUGAGAAAUCGACUGUCGAAGAUCCUCAAAGUGCGCCGGAUAACGGCAGCUACCAUCUCAUUCAAGCGGAAUUUAAACAGUGCGUCGACCUUCGAGACGUUUUUUCUUUACUAUCAAAAUGUACUAAGAUUACUCCUAAUAUUGCUUUAGGUGCCAUGGAGAGAAUCUACGACAUUGAAAAGAAUCCAAUGGAUGCAGCUCCAAUGCUUAUUGACUCAAAUACUCAUAUCAACAUGGCUAAAGGUGCUAUAUUAGACAAACUUUUAAAAGUAAUCAUAAAGACUGAAGAUACCCAGACAACACUGAAUAUUUUGAAAACUAUAUCAAACUUUAUGGACCCUUAUAAACACAAAUUUUGUGAAGAACUCCUAUUCAGAGUCAUUGAUAAUAAAUUGUCCAUUCUGCAAAUUUGUGAAUUUUUAUCAUUUCUGAUUAAUAACAGAAGUGAUCCCCGGUACUCUGAGAUUAUCGAUAAAUUAUGGAUUGGGUUUGUACAAAAAGAAGCAGAUAUUAAUGAAGUAAAUAUUGUAAAAAUAUUCACAAUUCUACCAGGAUUAAAAGUAAGCAAGAGGACUAUACUAACACUACUAGAGCAAAAGUUUGCUGACUUGUGGAGUAAAAUUAAAGUACCAGUAAUGCAAGAAAUACUAAACACUUUCUUGGAAGUAAAAUAUUCAUCAAUGCAGUCAUUUGCUGUGGUCGGCACAUGGAUACAUAAAAAUAUCCAUGCAUUAGAUGAGGAGUCUUUCCUAGACAUAGUUACAAAAGUGACAAGGCUCAACUACACUGAUGAUCACAUAGAAAAGGCCAUUGAAAAGUAUAUAAAAUUGAAGGGGCCAAGAAUUCAGAGCCCAAUUGUUAUUGUGAGCAUUCUUAACUACUGCAUGCAGUUUCAAAUUCGCAAUGAACAGAUUUUAAAUGCUUGCAGUGAAUAUUUUUUAACCAACGGCAAUGUUAUACCUGCUAGUUUUCUGAAGUCUUUUAUUUAUCCAUUUGGAUAUUUGUAUUUUGAUCCAAUUCAAGGUUUUGAAUUUUGGCAACAGGCUGAAAGAGUGCUGGAAGAAAAAUUUGAUAAAAUAUCAGCAGAUGAUUUAGCUUCUAUGAUACUUUCCUUCAUUUUUGUUGGUAAGCAUCCCUUGGAGUUAGUGAAAAGGAUGCUCAGCCCUGAGUACUUGGUGAGGAUUAACAAUCCUCAAGUAAUGAAAAAGUUCCAUUUGGUAGACACUGCUCUAUCUUUGGAGUGUAAGGAUUAUUCUAUCCCUCUUCUUCCAAAAGACCAGUGGUCUAAAUUCACUCUUCAAGAUAGUAGAGUUAGGAAUAUAAUAGAUAAGAUAAAAGAUACCCUACAAGAAGUUGCAGGUGGUGUUGAUAAUUAUUCCACAUGUGUUUUUAUACCAAACUUACAUUUUGAUGAAACUUAUUUGAUAGAUAUCAUGUUACACCCUGCUGGUUUGGGAAGUAAUAAUUUUAAUUGGAAGCUGAAAUCUGGUAAAAACGUGAAUACUGCUAUUUUAAUUCAUCUACCAGACCAUUAUUGUUCAGAUAAUAAGCAGUUGAUUGGCCCUCAAGUAAUGAAGAAGAGGCAUUUGAAAAUUCUCAGCAUGAAGGUUGUUAGUCUUAAGUAUUCUAUUAUCAGUAAAUUCUAUACAUCAUUUAAUACCAGUGAUUUGAAGAAAUAUCUUAUUGCCAGUAUUUUGAAUGCUGAGCCUUGUAUGUAGUGUUUUUUAUUGUUAAAGUAAGAAAUAAAUAUGUAAAUUAUAUAAAGUGCCAUUGCCUAUUGGCGAUAAAAAAUAGCAAAAAACAUUAGAAUGUAAGAUGUGCAAUUCAGUAGAGUAUUAAAUUUUUUUACUCGAUUAUGGAAAGCUUAUAUUUUGUGAUAUGAAGUACAAUUUUGUGGUAAAUCAAUAAAAAAGCAACAACAUAAUGUUAUAAUUAAUUUAUUUCAUUAUACUCAUAACAUCUUUCUCUUAAAAUUUACUCACUGACUAAUUCACUAGAAUUUUAUUAUUUGAAUAUUUUUAAUAUUUUCUUAAACAACUCUUAGGUACACUUCGAAAUAUUUUUUCUAAUAAAACUCGUUCAGAUUAAAGAUUAACUAGCAUUCCGCUUUGCGGGACUGCUUUGGG